AUGACACCCAUGGGGGAGAAGAUGGAUGGGGGCAUCGUUGGCAUCUAUCAGACACCAAAAGAGAACUCUGAGGAGGAAACAACCUACACUCCAAUGCCAGACACCACAGCCAGGACAAUGGAGAGUUUGGAAACUAACCAUUGUUCCAUUGAUGUGAUAAUGAACAGCACACAUAAGCUGGCAUGGGCAGAGUCCAUGGACUAUGACCACACAAGUGUGCAUAGUGUUGGUGACCUGGGGUCCUUCAAGUCCUUUGUCCUUCGUGGGCUCUGGUUGACUGUGGAGGAGGAGAAGGUCCUCUCAUGGCCUGCCCCUUCAGGAGAACAGCCAAUAACCAAAUCUACAACAGAAAAGAAAGGGGGGAAAGAGUGUGUGCGAUCACCAAGCAACACUUGUUCCAACCAAAAAUCAAAAGACAAGAAGAAGAAGAAAGACUCAAUAAUGGACCUGGUCCAGGACACUCCCAUCAGAAGAACCCUGGGCUCGAUCCAUGUGCCACUACAGGACCUGGUGUCUGGUGAUCAGAGAGUUGAUGCCCUGUGCAACCUUGGGGUGCUGCUCACAGAGCAAAGCACCAGGGCCAUGCCACCCCGAGACAAGGACCCAAGUAAGAAAGCCAAACAUGACAAGAAGAAGGAGGACAAGAAAACAAAGUCAAGUGCUGACAGUGCAGGGGGGCAGAAGAAUGUUGCACCACCCUCUAAAAGUAAGGGAAAAGGAUGGAAGGAAAGCCAGGCAGAUUUCCGCAUGGACGACAACUCUGCUCCCAGUCCAAACCAGUUCGAGUCAAUGACUGUGGAGUUCACUGUGCAUCUGCAUAAAUGGCAUUCAGCCUCAGAAGCUCAUCACCUGGCUCACCCAUGAUGAGCCAUCAGCCUAGCUAUUUGUAUAAAGAAAAACAAAAAGUUGGCAUGACAAAUUUGGGGAUUAAAACCAAUUACGAACUCAAAUUGGUCAAGUUUAUGAUAACACAAUGCACCCUUGUUGUCCCUCAUGUUCCUAGUAGCUAUAUCAAAAUAUUGGGAAAUUCCAUUUUCAAAAGUUAAUGGAUCUAAUAGCAGUAACUGGACAUAGUCUACAAAAGUCACAAGGAAUGAAGACUAUCCAAAUGCCAACGCGCAAGGCACGCCCUUCAAGGUUAUAGGAUCAAUCGGUGACAAUACAUGUAAUGCAACUUCUCUUCAGGACAGCGAGGUAACUUGAAUUUAGUAACAAUAGUUGAGUCAAUUCGCAACGAUUCUCUAGACGAAUAGCAUAACUUCUUAAAAACGCGGAUAUGGUAGUAUUUGUAAAGAAUUAUAACUGGAUCAAGCAAAUUAUAAACGGAGUAUUACAACAACAGGUGCUCAAACAUUGAUCGUGCAUCCUUCCCGCUAAGGAUUGUAUGGUGGUAAAUGUCGAACAGCACUUCAGUUCUCUCUGAAACUCACUUCCUAAGUAGGCUACAACUAUUUUGAUGGUCUCUUCGUCAUUGUUUUUAAUAUCAAAACCAUGAGGAUCCUCUUCAGAAACCUACGCCUCAGUAGAUGGUCCAUUGUUAUUGGGACUGCGUUGGUGUCAUUGAUUGGUGUCAUCUUUAUGACGAUGGACGUCAAUGUCUCACUAACAUAUAGGGGAG